CGAAAACAAAGGGAAGAAAGCAGAGAGGGCAAGGAGGUUGGCAAAAAGUGGAGCAUUGAUACGGACAUCAUACCACUGUUGCCUAAACACUGUCCCCUUACCCUCUCACCAUGCUUUCCCUUCUUUCAUCCCUUGUCUUGACUUUGCCUCGCUAGCUAUAAACUAUUUAGCUCUCCUUGAUGGCAAGAAACCCAGAUCUCUUCUACCCUCAAAAGUCUCUCUCUCUCUCCCUCGAUUUAUUUCCUUGUUCUUGCUUGUGGGUUUGCUUUUUUUAUUAUUAUUAUUAGAAACUCUGGUUUUGUUGUUGGAUGAUACGCGCACACAUAUAUAAAUACUAGACUUGCACUCUGUAGCCAAGCGAGACAAAGCUGAUGGAACUUCAACUUGGUCUCGGUCUUCCAAGUGAAAAAACAAUGAAGGGUUUGGACCUAAACAGCUAUGUUUCGGAGCCUAAAGAGUUGCUGGGCUCGGGCCAACUUCACCUGGGUUCAUAUUCGUGGUUUUCUACAAAUGAUAAUGACAAGAAACGGAGUUUUAUUGAUGCCUCUGAAGAGAGCUCGAGAAAUGAAGACGUGCCUCGAACGCUGCCUCUCUUGGUUUGGAAUAACCAGCCAAACGAGGAAGAUGAUCCGCCUAAAGAUCUUGAUAACCACUGCAACUACUCUUUUUCCUCCAACAAAAGUGAUGGAGAAAGUGAUGGAAUAGUGGGGUGGCCACCAAUAAAGUUCAAGAGGAAGAAGCUUAGUCGUCAAAACAGUAGAGUGCUAGAGGUUAAUCGGGCAGUGGACAAUGGUUGUGAAGAUUGCCAAGCUAGAUCAUCAAACUCCAUGUACAUUAAGGUCAAGAUGGAGGGAGUAGGAAUAGCAAGGAAAAUUGAUGUUAGCGUCUACCGUUGCUUUCCAACACUUAAACAUACGUUGCUUGACAUGUUUGGGAUCUGCCAGGAAAAUUCAAGCAACUACAGACUGACUUACCAGGAUAGAGAAGGUGACUGGCUACUAGCUGAAGAUGUACCUUGGAGGAACUUUCUUGGGUCAGUCCAACGACUAAAACUGAUGAGGAGCAGCAAUUGAUUAAUUAGCUGUUUCUAACGUUGCUUUAAUAUGUAUAUAUAUAUAUACACACCCAGAUACGGGGGCCGUUCGAUUUGAAUCUUGAAUCAAUUGACUGUAUAUGUAAUAUGUACUUAAUUAGUAGUAAAGAGAACCUAAUUAACUGUAUUGACCUUUUGGAUUAGCUUUGAUUAGAAUAGAAGAAACAUAUAGUAUUGAGUUUC